AAUUUCUCAGGGAAUCAUAUUGAUAUUGUAGUAAAUCAAAUCGACCCAAAAUCCUCGUUCUUUUGUUCAAAUUGAAGUCGGUUCUAUAAAAGUUUCAAAUGGCGAACCUCCCAAUUCUACAAUUUGAAGACAAGAUAUUAGAAACCGUGGAUCACAAUCCAGUAGUGGUGGUAAUUGGUGAGACGGGUUCAGGGAAGAGCACUCAACUCUCUCAGAUUUUACACAGAAGCGGCUACACGAAGGCCGGAACCAUCGCCGUCACCCAGCCACGCCGUGUCGCCGCCGUAUCUGUUUCUAGAAGGGUUGCACAGGAGCUUGGUGUCCGACUGGGUGAUGAAGUUGGUUAUGCCAUAAGAUUCGAGGACAGAACUUCAGAGAGAACUUGUAUUAAGUAUCUUACUGAUGGAGUACUCCUCCGUGAAAGCCUUUCUGACCCUGAGCUCAAACAAUAUUCUGUUGUCAUAUUAGAUGAGGCUCAUGAAAGGAGUCUAAACACGGAUAUAUUAAUGGGGCUGAUGAAAAGGUUGAUUAGACUGCGUGCUUCCAAUUUGAAAGUUUUGAUCACUUCAGCUACUCUUGAUGGUGAAAAGGUGUCAAGAUUUUUCUCUGAUUGCCCAGUCCUAAAUGUUCCUGGGAAAUUGUUUCCUGUAGAAAUAUUAUAUAGUGCAGAACAACCCAAAAGUUAUAUAGAAUCAUCUCUGAAAAAAGCUAUUGACAUACACGUUAACGAGCCAGAAGGGGACAUUUUGAUAUUUAUGACUGGGCAGGAUGACAUAGAGAAAUUGGUAUCAAAACUGGAAGAAAGAAUUCAAAGCCUUGAAGUAGGGUCUUGUAUGGAUGCCAUAGUCCUGCCACUUCAUGGUUCAUUGCCACCUGAAAUGCAGGUGCGAGUGUUUAAUCCUCCACCUCCAAACUGUAGGCGUUUCAUUGUUGCAACAAACAUUGCUGAAACUUCCUUGACUGUUGAUGGCGUUGUGUAUGUUAUAGACUCCGGUUAUGUGAAGCAGCGACAGUAUAAUCCAUCAAGUGGAAUGUAUUCUCUUGAUGUUGUUCAGAUUAGCAGGGUGCAGGCUAACCAACGGGCGGGUCGGGCAGGAAGAACACGACCCGGGAAGUGUUUUCGGUUAUACCCGUUGGCUGUUUACCAAGACAAUUUAUUGGAAGCCACUGUUCCUGAAAUACAACGUUCUUCUUUAGCUGGAAGUGUUCUUUAUUUAAAAUCUUUGGAUCUUCCAGAUAUUGAUAUUCUUAAAUUUGACUUUCUUGAUGCACCUUCGCAUGAGUCUUUACAAGAUGCUCUUAAACAGUUGUUUCUGAUUGAUGCUUUAGACGAGAAUGGGACUAUUACGCCUAUAGGAAAAACAAUGUCAGAGCUUCCUUUGGAACCUUCACUUGCAAGGACUUUAAUUGAGGCGAAUGAAUAUGGUUGUUUAUCUCAAGCUUUGAGUGUAGCUGCUAUGUUAUCAGUGGAAGGUACUUUGCUUCCUGGACGAAGCAAAAACACAGACAGGAAGAGAAAGCAUCCUCCUUCAGAUCUUCCUGAUGGGUCUGGUUUGGGUGAUCACAUCCAGUUACUUCAGAUCUAUGAGCUUUGGGAUGAAGUUGACUAUAGUAUUGACUGGUGUAAAGAUAACAACCUACAGGUACGUGGGAUGCUAUUUGCUAAAGAUGUUCGGAAACAAUUGUCGCAAAUAAUGCAGAAGGUUGCAAAAGGAGGCUUAGAUAUAAAAAGAAAGGAAAGAAGGAGAGAUAGAGAAGAAAAUUAUAAGAAUCUAAGAAAGGCUUUGUGUGUGGGGUAUGCAAGCCAGCUGGCAGAGCGGAUGAUUCGUCAUAACGGUUACCGGACUCUUGGCUUCAAGUCUCAACUUGUCCAGGUGCACCCGUCUUCCGUGCUGCGAACAGAUGAAGAAGGAAUGCUUCCAAAUUAUGUUGUGUACCAUGAACUUAUUUCUACUACACGCCCAUACAUGCGCAAUCUGUGUGAAGUAGAGAUGCAAUGGGUGACCCCAAUAUUGCAAAAGCUUGAGAAGCUAAAUGUCAACAAACUAAGUGGUGGAUCGAACCAGGCCGAGGAGGCGAGCACAACCGAUGAUUUGGGUGGUCCCCAGAGAGAGAGAGAGAAAGAGGUGAAAAAUGGAGAUGACUCCAACGCUAGAAUACAAGCAGCUCGGGACCGCUUUCUAGCCCGGAAAGGAAAUAAAUAGACAAAAGAUUUGACCAUCAUGUAAUAGAGAAAAAACACAACUGUUGACAAUAUAUACACAAUCUAUGGGUUUUACCCAAUUGGUAUCUAACUAACUCUUCCAGUAUAGUGGUUGUAAGUCGAAACAUUAAAUUUCAUUUUUUACCCUUA